GCCAUGGCGGACGCGGGAGCCGCCAAGCUGCGCCUCAAGCCCCGGAAGGCGCCGCCGAGCAGCAGCCGGGAGCCCCCGCCGCGGCGCCAGGAGGAGAAAACAGUGCCUUGUACAUUAAACGGCUGAACUUCUCAAAUAUAAAUACAACUUUUCCCUUUUGAUGUGUUCGACGAUGCUUUGAGAAGUAGGGGAAGUUAAAAAAAAGUAGCAAACAGGACUUUGCCCGGCAGAACUUCCUGGUUUGAACAAGAAGGUUUAACUGCAUCAGAAAAUAUGUGGAUGCUGCUACUGAAGGCUGUCAAUGCAGAUCUGAAACCCACAAGCUGGAAAAUGGUGCCCAGUUUACCAGAGUUUUCAGGCAAGUGUUCUGAAAAUAAGAAACCACUAAACCCAGAAGUCUUUAAGGUUGGAACAAAAGAUUUUCAAUGGAUGCCGUAUCCAGCUUUCUGCAGAGAAAAAGCUCUUAAAACACAUGAUCCAAGAUUCCAUCAUCAGGUAUCAGAAAGCCGAACUGACCAUUUAAUGACAGGUGAAGACCAAACAGACAAAAAAUGGAAAAGUGUUUCUCCCACAGUUGAGAAAACAUCCCUUGCAGCCACUGAAGAUCCUACUGAGAACCUGAGAAUUGGAGACAGCACAAGAAAUUCUUCAAAAACAAAGGAAGAAAAGAUUGAACCAUGUAAACUCACUGAACAUACAUAUUCAACACUGGAUUUGACACCAGCUCCCACAAAAAGCCUAGGGAAGGAUUUUAGUCUUCAACAGGUCUGCAAAAAGUCAGCAAAGAGCAAAGAGGAAUACAGAAAAGAAAAAGAAAGCAAAAGAUUGCCAAAUGUGCAAAAACACCACCAGAAUGUUACAUUAGAUGAGACCAGCUCUACAUCUCUAGAAAUAAAACUUCACCCAACCGAUACCCCCAGAAUGGAAGGCCCUGAAGAAAAGGCUGAGGCUCGGAGUCAGAGAACUGUAACUCUUGAUAGUUGUCCUAUGUGUCAAAUCCAGUUUAGUGGAAUGUUGUCACAGUUGGACAUUGAUGGUCAUCUUGCUAAAUGCUUGUCUGAAAGUGCAGACGACGUGAUUUGGUAAAAUCACAAGAAUGAAGAACAAAGUCAAAUGCUAACAUCCGGAUUUCUCUAGAAGAAAAAAAGUAAAGUAUAUCAAGAAAAGGGUGUCAGUUACCAUGCUUAUUAAACCUGCAAAAAAAAUUUAAAAAGCUACAGAAAGACAGGUCAGAAAUGCCCCCGCCUACUGUUUUCCUUUGAACCCUUCUCAGAAGUGUACAUGCAGUAGCCCCAGUCCUCAAACAGAGCUCUGUAGGCAGACUCCUGAAUCCAGGUGGAACCCCACAGAAAUCCAUCUGUGUAGUUCUCUUUGCAGUAUUUGGGCCUGUAUGCACAACAAGAAAGCAUUACUGAGGCUCCCUGAAGAAUAAUACUGGUUCUGAUUCGCCUGUAUUUAAUUGUUUAUGGUAUAGAGAGGUGUAGAAGAAAGAGAUGCAAGGUAAAAAAAAGAGUGCUGAAUUCAAAGGACCUGAAGUCAAUGACUUCACUAGGCUUUAGAUCAGAUUCUAAAUAGUCAACUCUUUGGGAAAGAAAAUGUCUGUCUGAUACUUAACAUUUUUGCAGGUCCUAAUGGGCAGUUAGUGUUUCACAUUUCUUUUGAUGCUCUUUGUGAAAAAAAUAAAAUAAAAAUUUAGUUGGAAUUUUA